UCCUGCUGUUAAAAAUCAGCUUAUCACUGCAGAGUCAGAUGUCGUCGGUCAGCCUGUACGUGGUGUAGCAUGCAAACAGUGUGCACCAGCUGCAGACCUGAUGAGAAGGAUAAAUGGUUGAGAACGAAUCAUUUCAGGACCUAUAAACUUUGAAAAGGUUUGACAUUGAAGGAUGGAGAAUAUCGUCGUCAGCAGCACCUCAUGGAACCAAAGCAUCAAUCAGAGCAUCUCCAACAACAGUGAUGCGUUUAACCACAAUAUCGGUUAUGAUGAAUACAGAAAGCUUGUUUCUCACUAUGUGGAUGUGGUGGAUUGGAUCACUAUUUGUGUUGGGCUUCCUUUGACUCUGCUGACCAUAUUUGCUGUUUUAUCAAUGGUGAGAAAAGAUCAUGUUGCUCCAGUUUACAUCCUCAACCUUCUGAUCUCGGAUCUCAUCCAGUUCUGCAGCAGAAUUCCUCUGAUGUUACUUGAAGGUCCUAAUAAUUCCUUCCUUUAUGCUUUCCGGCUUGGCUUGAUAACCAGUGUUGGAUUCAUGAUGUGUGUUUCCCUGGAAAGGUAUCUGAUCGUUGCCAAGCCGCUGUGGUACAGAUCUAGAAAAGACAUCAAGACAUCUGUGUUGGUCUGCGUUGCAGUCUGGAUCCUUUCUGUGAUUUUCAUCUUGAGCGUUUAUCUUCCCCUUGAUCUAAAUACCAGUGGAACCAUACUGGGUGUGUUUCUCCUCCUCCCUCUUCCCUUGUUCAUCUUCUGCCUGGUUGGGACCUUUAAGGUUCUGUCUGAAAGUCGCAGUGUCUCUGCUGAGGAAAAACGUCGAAUCUUUUCAGUCCUGGUUGUGGUUUUGCUUACAUAUAUUCUACUUUUUCUGCCUGUUGUAUUAUGUUUAGUUUUUGAGGAAGUGAAAGAAAAUGUCAUUUUUGAAGCUGUGGCUGCAGUCUGUCAGUGUCUAAGUCCUCUUGCAGACUCAGUGUUGUAUAUUUUUCUGAGGAAAAGUGCAGUUGAUAAGAUUUUGGCUUCACUGUGUUCCUGUAAAAUGUCUGAGAAUCAGAAUAUCAGCAGCACUGAUGAUGACAACAUGUCUGCUCUGCAAACUACAGCUGUUUAGGUGCCACUGAUGGAUAAAUAUGUUUACAUCUUAUUUUCUUAAAGUAUUCUUAUGGAUUUAUUACAAAAGAGAUUGCUUUUAUUUGAUGUAUUUUGAAUUCUUCAUGAUUCUUUUAUUAAAACCCAACAACUGAAAAAA